AUGCGAAUACAGCUGAUUGAAGGCUCCCAACUUCCCAAGUUUACCAGUUCGGGAUUUAAGAAGUUCCUAGGGCUGAGCUCCCGCUCUAGCUCCAUCAAGCUAACACUCAAUGGACCGUGCCUCGGAGCCUUUGAACACACGUAUGAUGCGUUAAACCAGAAGAAGAGAGUCGUGGCUAGCUUCUUACUGUCAAAAAUUGUUAAGGCUUCUGUGACACGAAACGCGGGGGAGGGCUGGAGUAAGUACCUGCCGCCUUCAGCCUCGCCAAUUGCGCUCGACGAGUUUCCAUUCCUCGCAGCAGCAAACAUGAACGACCCUAUACUGGUCUUCUUCACCGCCAUGGACAACCAGGGCGGUGUCAUUGUCAAAGAACAGCCCAAGCUCGACCUAGACCUGUAUAUUCAAAAUUAUCGUGGUCGCACUCGGUACGACCGCCUGUUCCUCAUCGGCCGCAGCUCUGUCCCCCUAUGCGUUGAUGCCCUCAAGGCCGCAGCUACCGAAGCGAAAAGGGGCCGCGACACCCACCGCUACCGGGAGGCUGUCGAGUGUUUGCGAAUAGCUGCGCCCUCGGAGCCAGAGGCCACCUUUGACCAAGCCUGGCUGGAGAGCGUCGACGCGAGCAACCGCUCCGAGAUCACACGUCUGCUUGCGGAGCUCAAGGGUUAUAAAAACAACUUGGUCAAGGAGAGCAUAAGGAUCGGCAACGAAGACCUCGCCAAGUUCUAUGAGAGCUCUGGCGAUCUCAACGCGGCCGCCGAAACAUACCAGAAGAUGAGGCCCGACGUCAGCACGCAAAAGCAAAUCGCCGACGUAGGACGCCAUCUCAUCCGCGUCUCUCUGGCGCAGCGCAACUGGGGCAUGGUUAUCGCACAUCUCAGUAAGAUGGGGCUCAACCAGACACCCGAAGAGGAGGAUACCCUCCAGCCGUUCUUGAAAAUAUCGCAGGGCAUUGCGAGCCUUGGCCAAGAACGAUUCCUGGAUGCGGCCACGGCCAUUUUGGCGACCAAGAGCGGCGUCCCCGAGUCGACCUACGAUGAGAUUGCAAGCUCCAACGACGUCGCUAUUUAUGGCGGUCUUCUGGCACUAGCCUCGAUGGACCGGAUCGAUCUCCAGACUAAGGUUCUAGACAACUCGUCCUUCCGAUCGUUCUUAGAGCGGGAGCCGCACAUCCGUCGUGCCGUGACCAAUUUUGUUAACGGCAGAUACUCAGCCUGCAUAUCUACGCUGGAGUCGUACCGCGCGGAUUACCUUCUCGACAUCUAUCUCCAGAAGCACAUUCCCAAGAUCUACGCCGAGAUCCGGCGUAAGUGUAUCGUCCAGUACCUCAUCCCAUUCUCGUGCAUCAGUCUUGACACGAUGAACGGCGCAUUUGGAAUUCCGGGCCAGCCCAUUGAGGAGGAGCUGUACUCGAUGAUCCAGUCGGGCACGCUUCAGGCCAAGAUCAACACGAUUGACAAGCACCUCACAACGGCAUCCUCGAACCCCAGACUCAAGCUUCAGGCCUCGGCACUCGAGAAAGCACAAAGCUACGAGAAGCAGGCGGUCGACCGGCUCAGGCGCAUGGGCCUGGCGGCGGCAGAUCUGGAGUUGAAGGGCCAGAAGAAGAUGAACGCCAACACGCUCUCUUCGUCAAGCGAGAUGUAUGACGACUAUCGGAGGCUUGAUGAGUAA